UGUGUGGGAGGAGAACUUCAAGAAGAUUAAUCAGCACAAUGAAGAGGAAUCUAUGGGAAAACAAACUUACAGGCUUGGAAUGAAUCAGUUUGGAGACAUGACCAGUGAUGAGUUCACACAGCUGAUGAAUGGCUAUAACAGCGGGUCUGCCUUAAAUAUAUUAACGUACACUUCCAAUUCAGAAAUCACUGCUACUGCAGUGUUACCUGGCGAAGUUGACUGGCGUCAAACUGGUUACGUAACUCCAGUGAAGGACCAGGGCCAGUGUGGUUCUUGCUGGGCAUUCAGUGCUACUGGAUCUCUGGAGGGGCAACAUUACAAGAAAACGGGCAUGCUGGUGUCACUAAGUGAGCAGAACCUCAUCGACUGUUCUUGGCCUCAAGGAAACAAGGGCUGCAAUGGAGGUUCAAUGGCUAGGGCUUUCCAGUAUGUCAAGAGUAAUGGCGGUAUUAACCCUGAAUCCUCUUAUCCAUACACUGGUACGAAUGGACAGCCGUGCCAGUAUGAUGCUCAGUACAACGCUGCCAACUGUCUGGGCUAUACUUAUGUUAAAAGUGGAGAUGAAAAUGCUCUGAAGACUGCUGUUGCAUCAAAAGGACCAAUCUCUGUAGCUAUGGAUGCAAGCCAGUUUUCCUUCCAGUUCUAUAGUUCAGGAAUUUAUAAUGAAAUUCAAUGCAGCAGUACAAAACUGAACCAUGGUGUUUUGGUUACUGGUUACGGAUACAGCGGGCAAACAGAAACUACGCUGAAUAAGUACUGGAUUGUUAAAAACAGUUGGGGUGCAAGCUGGGGUAUGCAAGGAUACUUUUAUUUGGCAAGGAACCAACAAAACAAAUGUGGAGUUGCCACAGCAGCUCUCUACCCUCUGGUAUAA